AUGCCUACCGUCAACGUCGACAAGGAGGAGCUCUACACCGCCCUCGGAAGGGACUACACCUUCGAUGAGUUCAUGGACCUCUGCUUCAACUUUGGUAUCGAGCUCGAGGAAGAUACCUCGCCCAAGGAGAUGGCCAUUCGUGAGGUUGGAGCCCACAAGGUCGACGACAGCGUGUCGGAUAGACCCAUCUUGAAGAUCGAUAUCCCCGCCAACCGCUAUGAUCUGUUGUGCCACGAGGGUAUCUCUCGCUCGUUGUUGGUCUUCCAGGGCAAGGCCAAACCCCCAGUCUUCAAGGCUAUCAUGCCCGCUGACGGAAAGCUCCAGAAGUUGACCGUCAAGCCCGAGACCGCUGCCAUUCGCCCCUUCGCUGUCGCCGCUAUUCUCAGGAAUGUCAAGUUCACCGAGUUGAACUACAAGAACUUUAUUGACUUGCAGGAUAAACUCCAUAUGAACAUUUGCAGGAAGCGUACUUUGGUCGCCAUUGGAACCCACGAUCUCGACACCAUCCAGGGUCCCUUCACCUACGAGGCUUUGGCCCCUAAGGAUAUUCAGUUCGUUCCCUUGAACCAGGAGAAGAACAUGAACGGCGAGGAGUUGAUGACCUUCUACGAGAACGACAAGCAUCUCGGAAAGUUCUUGCCCAUCAUCCGUGACUCGCCCGUCUACCCCGUCAUCUAUGACAAGAACCGCCAGGUCUUGUCCUUGCCCCCCAUCAUCAACAGCAACCACUCCAAGAUCACUCUCGAUACCAAGAACGUCUUCAUUGAGUGCACGGCUACUGACUUGACCAAGGGCAAGAUUGUCCUCAACACCAUGGUUGCCAUGUUCUCCGAGUACUGCGCCGAGCCCUUCACCAUCGAGCCCGUUGAGGUCAUCUACGAGGAUAACCGUCAGCCCACAGGAGUCACCCCUGACCUUACUUCGCGCACCGCCACGGCCAAGGUCGACUACAUCAACAGCUGCACUGGAUUGAAGCUCAGCCCUGACGAGAUCUGCAAUCUCUUGAACAAGAUGUCAUUGGAGGCUGUCCCCAGCAAGGAGGACAAGAACGAGGUUGUUGUCCAGGUCCCCGUCACCCGUUCGGAUGUUCUUCACCAGUGCGAUAUCAUGGAGGAUGUUGCCAUCGCCUACGGAUUCAACAACUUGCCCCAUACCACCCCCUCUGUCAGCACCAUCGGAAAGCCCUACCCCCUCAACAAGUUGGCCGACACUGCCCGUGUCGAGUUGGCUCUUGCUGGAUGGAGUGAGGUCAGCCCCCUGACCUUGUGCUCGCACGAUGAGAACUUUGCCUUCUUGCGCCAGAAGGAUCCCGGCAACAUUGCCGUCCGUCUCGCCCACCCCAAGACGAUCGAGUACCAGGUUGUGCGCACAUCGCUCCUCCCCGGAGUGUUGAAGACGUUGAAGGAAAACAAGAAGCACUCAUUGCCCAUCAAGGUCUUUGAGGUCGGUGACACUGCCAUCAAGGACGACACCCAGGAGCGUCGCUCGCGUAACGUCCGCAAGGUCUGCGCUACUUAUUCCAACAAGACCAGUGGCUUGGAGCAGAUCCAUGGUUUGCUUGACCGCACCCUCCAGAUGUUGCAUUGCCAGCCCGUUGAUAAGAGCAGCACUGCCCCUGGAUACUGGAUCCAGGACUCUGAGAACCCUACGUACUUCCCAUCAAGAAGCGCAGAUAUUUACCUCCGCCAGAAGGGAGAGACCAAGGUCAUUGGAUCGUUCGGUAUCCUCCACCCCGAGGUUCUGGAGAAGUUCGGCCUCAACUUCCCCACCUCUGCCAUGGAGUUCGAUCUCGAGCCCUUCCUGUAA